AUGAAUCCAAUUAUUUGUGUCGCUUCUAUUAUUGCUGCUAGAUUGGCUGUAGGGCUUGCUUCUAUUGGACUUGAUGUUGGUCAAGGCACUACCGUAGCGCAAGCUGUAGAGGGCAUUGUACGACAACCAGAGGCAGAGAGAAAAAUACAGGGUGUCCUAAUCCAUGCGUCUCUUAGACACACAUUGAUAUACAAAUUUCAAUAUGAAAUCAAAGAGGAUAAGGUUUACUCCAUUCAGUCUUUUAGUGUUUCAUAUGUCAUUGGAAUGUUUACUAGUGUUGGAACAAAGAGAGAGUUAGAGAAAGGUGGUAAGAAGACCAAGAUGAAUGUCAUUCUUAUUGAAUUUGAUGAUGGGAUGUGGGAUGGUACUGAAUCUCCUUCUCAACCUCUUACCCAACUUGGUCAGUCUUCAAAAGUUAGCUUAGAAGAAGAUUUCAUUAAGCUGCAUCCUAGAUGCUCAAUUGAAGGUCUCAAAGAUUCCAGGAAACAUGUAUCUGCAACAAAGUUGUUUAUCCUGACUCCAAAAUGUUUUUUUGUGAGAAAUGUAACAAACAUGUCAUUAAGGUUUAAACUUAGACUUCGUGUAAUUGAUGCUACUGAUUCUACAACUUUUGUUGUAUUUGAUCGUGAUGCAAGUGCAAUGUUGAAGAAAUCAUGCUCUGAUAUUCUUGACUUACAAGACAAGUACACUACUGCUGGUAACUUGCCUAAAGAGUUUGAAGUCCUCAUUGAUAAGACCUAUCUGUUCAAAGUUGAGUGCAAGAAUGAUUAUAAUAGCAAAUUUGAGCAAUCAUUCAGAGUUAAAAAAGUCUGCAUGGAUGAAAAAAUCAUUGAAAGCUUUAGUGAUUUGGAUGUAUACUCUAGAAAUGAAGAAGAAAGUAAACUUAAGCAGAUUAUAAAUGAGAUGGCACUUGAUACCAUUGCAGAGAAUUUGCUGAUCAAAUUCACUGAAGAAUCAAAUGAUGUUGAGGCUCUAAGUGAUCAUUUGAACACUAUAGGAUCAAGCCCUGUUUCUACAGAGGAAGCUUUGGUCAAUCAACCAGUAAUUGAUGUUGAAAAUGAUGAGUUAACCCAGAAAGAGUCAUCUCAUUUGGAGAAUCUUAGCUUUGAUUUGGCUACCAAAGCACGUGUCCUAGCAAUUAAAAGGCAGAAUCGAUCUGCGGUUCAAGAAAACAAGAAGAUCCCAGUAAAGAUGUUGAAGAAGAACAUCAAGAUUGAAAAGUGA